AUGGACGAUUCGUUUAUUGGCCUGUCGGGAGGCCAAAUUUUCCACGAGAUGAUGCUGAGACACAAUGUCGAGGCCAUUUUUGGCUACUCGGGAGGUGCCAUUCUGCCGGUGUUUGACGGUAUUUUCAACUCUCCUCAUUUCCAGUUUAUUAUGCCUCGUCAUGAACAGGGCGCUGGUCAUAUGGCCGAGGGUUAUGCUCGUGCUACUGGUAAACCAGGUGUUGUUGUUGUAACUUCCGGUCCUGGUGCUACUAAUGUCGUUACUCCUAUGCAGGACGCUCUUUCUGAUGGUACUCCUAUGGUCGUUUUCACUGGUCAAGUGCCUACUUCAUCUAUUGGUACUGAUGCUUUCCAAGAGGCUGAUGUCGUCGGUAUCACCAGAAGUUGCACUAAAUGGAACGUUAUGGUCAAGUCCAUUGAAGAGCUUCCUCGUCGUAUCAACGAGGCAUUUGAAAUCGCUACUUCAGGCCGUCCUGGUCCUGUUCUCGUCGAUUUGCCUAAAGAUGUCACUGCCGGUAUCCUCAGAAACCCCAUUCCUACUGAGUCGACUAUCCCAUCUCGUUCGCUUGCUAAUCUCGCUUCUGUUGCUGUUAAUGAAAUGCAAGAAGCUACCAUUCGCCGAGCUGCUGAACUCGUCAACAAGGCCAAGAAACCUCUUAUUUAUGCCGGUAACGGUAUUCUGAACUCUGAAGAGGGUCCUAAACUCCUUAAAGAGCUCGCUGAUAAGGCCGAUAUCCCUGUAGCUACUACUUUACAUGCUCUUGGUGCGUUUGAUGAGACUGAUGACAAGGCCAUGCACAUGCUGGGUAUGCACGGAUCCGUGUAUGCUAACCAUGCUAUUCAAAAUGCUGAUUUGAUCAUUGCUCUGGGUGCUCGUUUUGAUGAGCGUGUUACUGGUACUAUCUCCAAAUUUGCACCUGCUGCUCGUCUGGCCGCUUUAGAGAAGCGUGGUGGUAUCAUUCAUUUCGAAAUCCUGCCCAAAAACAUCAACAAGGUUGUCGAGGCUACUGAGGCUAUUGAAGGAGAUGUGGCUAAAAACCUCGGUCGUUUCCUGCCUUUUGUUCACGAGGCUAAACAUCCUGAAUGGAGAGCUCAAUGUGCUCAAUGGAAGGAUAAGAACCCCUUCAGGUAUGAAGAGGAUGUUAUUGGCGAGCCCAUUCGUCCUCAAACCGUUGUCACUACUCUUUCCAAGGUUUGUGAGCCUAUUAAGGACAAAGUUAUCAUUUCUACCGGAGUUGGCCAGCACCAGAUGUGGGCUGCUCAGUUCUUCCGAUUCAAGCAUCCCCGUACUCUUAUCACUUCCGGUGGUUUAGGAACCAUGGGAUACGGACUUCCAGCUGCUAUUGGCGCCAAAGUCGGUCGUCCCGAUGCUGUUGUCAUUGAUAUUGACGGAGAUGCCUCGUUCAACAUGACCCUGACCGAGCUGACGACCGCUGCCCAAUUCGGCAUCGACGUCAAGAUCAUUGUGUUCAACAACGAAGAACAAGGUAUGGUCACCCAAUGGCAAUCUCUCUUCUACGAAGACCGGUUCGCCCACACACACCAAUGGAACCCAGACUUUAUGAAACUCGCCGAAGCCAUGGGUGUCAACGGUAUCCGCAUUUCUAAAUUAGAGGACCUCGAGGCCGGUCUGCAACAGAUGCUCGACACUAAGGGUCCUACUCUUGUCGAGGUCAUUGUCGACCAGAAAGUACCUGUACUGCCACUCGUUCCCGCCGGCAAGGGUCUUGACGAGGGAAUUGCAUACGAUGCCACUGUCGAGGCCGAACGGAAACGUCUCCGAGCCGAAAGACUCGAGAAAAUCGCCGCCAAAAACGCCGCUGCCGCUGCUCUUGCUGCUGCCAAAAAGAACUAG